GGAUAACUCGCUGAAACUUCAUCACACUGCUGGGAUGCUGUGCUGAGCCAGCUCAGCCUCUAGUCCAGAUCCGACUUGGGAUUGCCCCUGGCCUGAAAGGACCACUACUUGAGUUUUUUUGGUGCACCAUGUACAGAGGAAGCCAAAGGAGGUUCCACGCUGAAGGGAAACCCCUAUGCUAGGACUCCCUGGUGAGCUGUGGGGAGUUGCCCAGCAGCUGCAAGCAUGGACUUACGGGCUCCCAGAGGGCCAGCAAUUAGACAGGACCUGAAGGGGUUCGGGUUGGGGAUUCCGGCCACCGGGAUCCCGGCCAGCAGCAUAAUUUUGGCUGUGCAGCAGCAGGACUACUCAGCCAGCGUUUGGCUCCGCAGGAGGGACAAAUUGGAACAUUCUCAGCAGAAGUGCAUCAUGGUUUUUGCCCUGCUGUGCUGCUUCGCCGUGCUGGUGGCGCUCAUCUUCUCGGCCGUGGACGUUUGGGGUGAGGACGAGGACGGCGUCACGGAGGAGAACUGUAGCCGGGACUGCAGAGUUGUUCUGGUGGAAAACAUUCCCGAAGACGUCACCUUCUCCAACAGCAGCGCGUGCCACCUCUCGCUUUCUGCGGGACUUUUGGGCCUGCUGGAUCAAGCCAUUCGCGUGGUGGAGAUCGUUUCCCCGCUGUGGCUGCUCAACUCCUCCGAAUACGAGUCUAGCUUCCAGCCUGCAGCAAGACAGGGCAGAGUCCUGCUGGCCAGGCUGCAGGCGCUGAAAUCCAAGAAAGUCCAGCUCAAGGUCUCAAGCGGGAUCGUGGACUCGGCAGAGCUCAAAACGCUCGUCGGAUACGGCGCCGAGGUGCAUCAAGUGAACACGACGGCGCUGAGCAAAGGUCACCUCCACUCUUCCUUCUGGGUGGUGGACAGCAGACACUUGUACAUUGGCAGCGGCAGCAUGGACUGGAGAUCCCUGGCCACAAGGAAGGAGCUGGGCGUGUUGGUGUACAACUGCAGCUGUCUGGCUCUAGACCUCCACAGGGUGUUCAACGUCUACUGGGGGCUCCAGUACAAGGAGUUUGUCCCCUCCUUCUGGUCCAAACGCCUCUUCGCCAUCUUCAACAAGGAUUCGCCUCUGGAGCUCACCCUGAACAGCACCGAGGCCCGAGCGUACAUCUCUACCUCCCCAGAUGUUUUCAUCCCCAAAGACCGAAGCAGUGACCUGGAAGCCAUUUCCUGGGUUAUCAAGGAUGCCCGUCGCUUUGUCUACAUCUCAGUCACAGACUACUUGCCGCUGCUCAACGGCAGCGCUUACAGGUACUGGUCUCGUAUUGACGGCUUUCUCCGGGAGGCUCUGAUCCUGAGGCGGCUACGCGUGCGUCUGCUUAUAAGUUGCUGGGAAAACACUCAUCCGCUGACGUUCAACUUUGUCUGGUCCCUGAGGAGUCUGUGCAUGGAGCAAGACAACUGCUCACUCCAAGCUAAGUUCUUCAACCCCAGAGUGCAGAGGGAUGGCAGUCUUGGAGGGAUAAACCACAACAGGUUCAUGGUGACCGACAGAGCCAUUUAUUUAGGUAAUCUGGACUGGGUGGGCAACGAGUUCACCUACAACGCAGGCGUGGGCCUGGUCAUCAGUCAGCCCCGCGGUGUCGAGGAGGGCAAGAACUCUACUGUGGUGGAUCAGCUCCGAGCCGCCUUUGAGAGGGAUUGGUUUUCCAGCUACGCCCGCGCCCUUCAGGCCAAUAAGAUCCCCGUCUGCAGCAAGCGGCAGAUGGACAGAGCAGGACCGGUCAAAGAAAGUUGGGCGAAUGGCGGGCCGGUGCCCGUCAGGACGGGUCGGCGCGAUACCGUGAGAACCGAUCCCAACGAUAACGAACCUCACAGCAAAGCUAAGCGCCACGAUGCAGUCCAGAGCGAAACCGACCCCGGAGAGCAGAAAAUCGUUGGUCUUGAACAUUUACAGGCACAAAUCAGAAGGACCGUAUGGGACCACCUGAAGGAAGCUGACAAUCGGUCAGCCGAGAGCAGGGAGAUCUCAAAUGGAUCCCUGUGAAAAAGAAAUGAUGCACUGGAAUUUUUUGUAGCCUUUUUGUAGAGCACGUUCAGGCUAAGCGUAGCUCAAUUGUAGUGAAGUAUAGCUGGCAAGAUAAUUGGAUGAAAUCAGGGAGGAGCCUCAGUGCAACUUCCGGUUCAGAAUUUUCGUUCCAAUUCUGCCUUGCAACGUUUCACCGCAUCCCCCCC